AAGACGAAAACCGCUGUUUACUGUCGUAAAAAUGCGCUUUGAUGAGUCGAAAGUGCUGUCGGAGAGCUGAAGAUGCGGUUCAACGAGAAGGAGCUGGUGUUCCUGAGCCGCCAGCCGUCAGAGAGAGCGGCCGAGCUGGGCAUGAGAGGCCCGAAGAAAGGAGACGUUGUGAAGAGGCGUCUAGUGAAGCUGAUCGUUAAUUUCCUGUUUUACUUUCGGACCGAUGAGGACGAGCCCAUCGGCGCUCUGCUGCUGGAGCAGUGUCGCGUGGAGAGAGAAGACGAUCAUGUUUUCUCCAUCGCGUUUCUGGACGAAGCCGAGAGGAAGUAUCUGUUCGAAUGCGGUUCUCAGGAACAGUGUGUCGAGUGGAUCGAUGCCGUCGUUAAAGCCAGUUAUGAAUUCAUGCGCAAGAACCUGAUCUACUAUCGCACGGAGAUCCAUCGACUCACCGGCAAGGACCCGCUGGAGCAGUAUGGGAUAUCAGACGAAACGCGCUUUCGGGUCAACAGCGGUCUUCCUCCGCCGCCCACAUAAACACACACGUUCUCUGCUGUUUGGAGUUUUUACUUUUUCUUCUUUUUCAGUCUGCCAGUAUGCAUUACUGUACAUUCUGUAACCUGAGUUAUGGGGGAAGAUACGUAAUAUUACUGUAAUAAAUGUCUGCUGACUUUGAGCCAAUUGCAAUUAAAGUUUCUUCCCCAUAUCACAAACAAACUAAACUGGGUCGGCUUUUAAAAACUGAUUUCGGCACCUUUAUUGCCUUUCAUAAUUGUGAUGUUAAAUGUUUAUGCGCAGACAUGCAUUAUAAAGUGCACUGGAGAGGUUUCGUAGCAUCCAGCUUUUAUCUAAAGCAUUAAAGCUCAGUCCAGAUUCAGUCAAAACAUUUCAGCUGCUUUGAGUUUGUGCUCCUGGAGCUGUAGAGUGGUCUUAUUUCACCACAAAAUCAAAGGAAAAUAGGUACAAUUAUAAUUUAAACAACGUUAUUUUCAUGAGAAGUACAU